UUAAGAGAGGUGUUGAGUGAUGGGGAAGAAAGGAAAACUUGGUGGUCGAUUGAAAGAUCUGGGCUUUAGUUUCGGCGAUGGAGCCAACUGUGCAACAAGAAAGACUGCAACAAAAAUAACAACUCAGCAUAUCAUGGGUCUAUUAAAAAAAAACACUCUUCGCGUGAUCUUGAGGAGGGGAUGGCCUGGGCGCUUUAUCCCAUGAAUGAAACAAAACAAAAAACAAAAACGAUAGGCGCGAGAAAUAAUCCGCGUGGAAAACAUCACAGUCACAAUGGAUGGAGAACCAAAGACUAAAAUUGCCAGACUUAAAGAUACUACUGAAACAUCAAAGAUCAAAGGCGAAUCUGCUGCCAUCAAGCCCAGUAAUUCCUUUACAUCGCCAUGGCACCUUAGUGACGUGGUGCUCAUUGUCGAGGGACGUAAAUUCCAUGUCCAUAAAUGCAUACUAUCAAUGAAUUCACCGUUUUUUGAUAGAAUGUUUAGCUCUGACUUUAAAGAGAAAUCGGCCAAAGAGAUCAAAUUACCCAAGAAAAGUGCAAAAGAGUUUGAAGAACUUCUCAAGAUGAUUUACAAUGAUCACAAGACAUCUAUGAUUACAUAUAACAACUUUGAAUUUCUUCUUAAACUUGCCCAAGAGUACCAAAUGGAUAAGAUCAAGAAAUGCUGUGAUCAUUACAUGAAGUUAAAACUAUCUAAAGAGAACUGCCUUCACUUUUGCCAAGUAGCUGAUCAAUACGACCUUUCAGACGAGCUAAAACGACGUUGUGUUAAGGAAGCUAAAUGGCUACCUUUAUCAGCCAUCGAGGAAAGCACGCAUUUUGUUCAAAUGAGUUCAACGUCUCCCACGUUGGACAAUCAGAUCUUGAUUGAGAAAAUCAAACUAUUGGAGGAAUUUAAGGAAAUUUUGGACAGCUACUACAAAACUUGCUGUGACCUUGUGAAGUCCAUCUAUUGCUCUGCUGCUACGACUGUCAACCACACAAUCGCAUGUUAUUCAAGCGAUCAUCCUCCAGAAGAACAAAUAUCUAGAUUUAUAUAUGAUUGUGAGAGCUGCACACAUUGGCUAGAGGAAAAUUGGCCGAGCAGAACAACACUGUAUGGAAGAAUCAAACCUGACACUGAUAUCUUACUUUCUCUGGCAAGAAAAUAUAAAUCUAAAGAAAAUGAAAAGAGUCCGUUGCCUUGGUGGAUCUCGAGGUUAACCAAAUAACGUUCGGAGGUCAACUUCGUGCACGAGUAUUUUUCCUAUUUCGAUGAUCGAUAAGUGAAAUUUUAGACGCACCUUCCUCCUCCAAACGAGGCUCCAUUAGCACCACCAAAGCAAGAACAAGCGACAAGAACAGGUAUUGUCCAAGCCAUGGCACCGUACAUACGAUCAGAUACAGUCUAAAAUAGAUGAAGAACGAUUUUUUAUUACACUACCAUUGAAAAUUAAACCAGUCUCGUAC